AUGGCGUCCACCGAACAAUGGGGGGCAUUCCUCCACCAGUGUCUGGCGCAUCGCAUCGACGUCGCCGACUUCAAGAACCUGUCGCGACUGCUGUUCAAGCGCAAUCCCAUCGCGCAGGGCGCGCUGAUCGACGUCGUGCUGGAGACCCGGCUGGCCGCCGGGAUCAAGUGGGAUCCGCUACUCCCCCUGUAUAUAGACGGCCUGUGCAAGAUGGGCAAGCUGCAGAUCUCCACGGUGCUGGCGGCGCUGCUGAAGCAUUCGUCCAUCCAUGAGAAGCCCGGUACCGACGCGGCGGCCGCCAAGCAGAAACAGAAAUGCUACACGCUCAUGACGGACAUCCGCGUCAUCCAGGAUGCGAUGCUCGCGGUGUCGACUGGGCACGCGCCCAAGAGUCUGUCGGAGACUGCGGGCACGUUUUUGGCGAUUGCUGACUGGAUCCACGCGGUCGUGUCGUGGCACCACGGCCAGAUGAACGCGAGCCAGCAGGCGGAGGGCCUGAUGAGCUCCCCCGACGCGGUGUCGCUGUUCGAGUCGCUGGGCAUUCUUCUGGCUGCUGUGUCCGGGACGGAGAAAGGCCUGCAGGUUCUUUCUUCGGACUCUAAUGAAGGGUUGAAGGUGAAAUUGGGACACGCGCUUUCGGCGUAUCUGCCCCUCUGUGUGGACUUGUCGCUGCCGCUGAGGAACAGGCUCGAUGCGCUGCAGAAGGAGUUUAACCUCUAUGGCGAGCCGCCGCCCAAGAAUCUGGGUGUGUCCUCGUUGGAGAAUCUGCACGUCAAUGGGAUUCAGUUCGAGGCGUCCAUUAUCGAUGGGCCUGCGAUUAACUCAAGAGCUGGUCUCUACGUAUAUAUCAACGCAAUGGCACACUACGACGUCCUCAUACAGGAUCUGAUCACGGCGGCAUUCGACGUCUGCUCGAAUGCGAUGUAUCGCAAUGAAUCUAGUCGCACCAUGUUCCUCUUCCGCUCGUUCCUGGUCAACAAGCUGCCGUCGUUCUUCGCGGCCAUGCUCUCCGCGUCCAUGGUGUCGAUCCCGAUGGAGCUGUGUAUCAGCCAUGCACUCAGCCGGCUCGAUCCCAAUACAUUCCCGUCGUUCUCACAGAUGUUCUCCAUGCAGGGCAACACGGUACUAUCAGACGUGCGGCAGGAGUUCCUCUUUGCCUGCGCCUCGCACAAGUUGAUCCCCGAGUCCAGCAUUGAGCGACUGCUGGGCGAGAACCCGAUGCAGGCGCUCCCCGUUGGCUAUAACAAGGACGAUCUCGUGUCGCAGAUCAACACCACGCCCGAGCGCGCGGAGCAGCUCAUCAACGAGAUCGAGUUCACCGAGGGCAACGCCGGGCCUAUUGUCGGCGCCAUCACGGAGGUGAUGCAGAAUCUGUGCAAUCAGAAAGAGACAAUGACGCUGAAAAAUAUCUGCAAUUCGCUGUCUCGGCGUCCCCAAGCCCUAGAUGUCAUUCUCCUCUUCCGCAGCCCGAAGCAGGUCUUGCAGCCGUUAUGUGCGCUGCUUGACUCCUGGCAUUGGGACGAAGACCAGGGGGAGAGCCAGCCGGUGUAUGAUGAGUUUGGCAGCAUUCUCCUGCUGGUCCUGGUAUUCAAGUACCGAUACGACCUCAGUGCGUACGAUCUGGGAAUCGCAAACAACGAUUCGUUUGUCCUGCGACUGCUGGAGCGGGGUUCGAGCAGCCAGAAGCUGGACGAACUGAGCGAAAGCCAGAACAAGCAUCUCGGCUCGUGGAUUGGCGCGUUGUUCAUCGCGGAGGGCAUCAGCGAGGAGACCAUGUCGGCCUGCAGUCCGCAGGAGUUCUACCUCCUGGCGAGCACCCUGUUCAGCCAGAGCCUGGCCGCAUGCGAAGCCGGCAAGCUGGAAUUCGAGACCCUCAAGGGCGGCUUCGAAUACCUGCUAGAGCCGUUCCUCCUACCGUCGCUCGUUGUCGCCCUGACCUGGCUCGGCAAUCAUAUCUGGGAGGCGGAAAGCGACCCGUCCAUUCCACUGAAAGCACUACACUCCCUCGUCAGCCCGAGCUCCAUCUCCGGCGAAGCCAAAGAGAUCCACCGCACAGUGCUGAACAUCACCGCGCGCUCACUGGACGAACAGCUCAAAGACGUGCGCGCGCGCCACCCGUCCCGCACCGACAUCAAGCCCAUCCUGGACGUCCUCGAGCCGUGUCUGUCGUUCCCACGCACCGGCAGCUGCCACCGCUCAGAACUCGAAACCUGGACGACCCACGCCGGCAAUCUUCUCGGCAGCAUCCGCAGCACGAUGCAGUCGCUCGUGCUGUGGUGCACCAGCCCGGACGUGAACAUACCGCCGCCGUCGUACACGCACCGCCAGCUCGUCGCGGGCAUCCGCAUCGUCGGCGCCACGCGCCUCCUCGCCGCCCUCCUCGACGAGCUGCGGCUCCAAACCGACGCGAACAACGGCGACCUUGCGCUGGACAUCGCCGCCUCCCUCGUUUGCGCCCCGCUGCCCGAGUCCUUCGCCGUCGAGUCAAGCCCCUACCACCCCGUCGCCGUCGACCUGGCCAAGGACCCCGUCCCGCGCUGCCCGCUGCUCACCCUCCGCGACGCGCUGGCCCUGCAGCACGAGGCCGUUCCCCGCACGGCGGAGAAAGACCCCGCGCGCGCCGAGGCCGUCGUGCGCCUCUACCGCCGCGUCGCCGCGCUCGCCGCACCCACCGCCCAGGUGCCCAACCUCGACAUGAACAACCUCAUCCAGAACAUGCAGCUCGGGGUCGGCGUCGACGGCCACGACCAGAUGGGUCUCCCGGCUGGGGGCGCGGGCGAUGCCGUCGGCGACGAGCCGAACCUCGACCAGAUGCUGGAUAAUGCGGCCGCGGCGGCGGCGGCGGGCAUCGACUCCGGCGUGGGACAGGGGAUGGGAGGGGAUAUGAGCGGGGGAUUGGAUACGAGCAUUGACGAUGUGCUGAAUGCAGCGGAUAUGGCGGUGGGGAAUCCGGAGUUUUUGGAUUUGGAUAUGGAGGGCAUGUUUUGA